AUGGAGUUCCCUAAAGACCCUGCUCCAACUAGAGAGCAGAUGAUUGACACUUACCUCAAUACUCUCACCACUGUGCUUGGAAGUAUGGAAGAAGCAAAGAAGAACAUGUAUGCUUUUAGUACCACCACCUACACUGGAUUUCAAUGCACUGUGUCAGAAGAAACAUCAGAAAAAUUUAAGGGGUUGCCUGGAGUUCUGUGGGUACUACCAGAUUCAUAUAUAGAUGUCAAGAACAAAGACUAUGGAGGUGACAAGUAUAUCAAUGGGGAGAUCAUUCCUUGUCAGUACCCUACUUAUCAACCAAAGCAGUCCAAUCGAUCAAAAUACAAGAGUAAAGCAUAUGUCAGACAGAGAGAUGGCCCUCCUCCGGAACGAAGAAGACCAAGGCAAGAGACGCCUUCUCCAGAUUCUGCCUCUGGAUGA